ACCUAAGGUCUGUCAGACAGGUUGUGCAGUCAUGUCUGGGUUGGCUGCGUUGUGUUUCCUGCUUCUGCAGACAGGAGCUUGUGGAUUUGAAAUAUUAGGAUGGUUUUUCAGAGGAAAAUCUCUGACUCAUGAGGAUAUAACGGAGAGAGCGAUCUUAAAUACCACUGUGCAGGUGUGCCGUGCUCUGGCUCUGGCUGAGGGCAAAGACUUCACAUUUCCUCCACAGCCUUUCACUGCUAAGUGUGUUGCUUUUGCAUGUGACACUGCUAAGUCUGUUGCUGUUGAAUGUGAGGCGUCAAAAUCAUCCAAGAGUUUCCGCAAAGCCAUCAGUUUAAUCCAGAGGAAGAAUCGGAAUGUAGACCUUUUUAGAUUCUACAGCUCUCGCCAUCACUUUGACGAUGAGACAUUUAUAGAGGGAAGGAAAAUCAUCACAGAAGGAUUAUCAGCUGUGAAGGCCAGCAACAAACGAGAGAACUUUGAAGCAGCAAGAGAAAAACUGGGGAAUAUAUUACAUCCUUUACAGGACUUCUACAGUCACAGUAACUGGGUGGAAAUGGGAAACAAUCUUCCAAACCCCAAUCUGAUCAGAGCAGGCACCAGCAUUGGUAACAUAGCAGCUGAGAGCAGAGCAACCUGUCGCAACUGUGAUGGAGACGACUGCAGAAACAACAUUUUGGAGGAUAUCCUACAGGAAAAGAUACUUACCUCAGGAUAUUUUAAUUUUGUGCCUUUUCUCUCUGAUAAACCCAAAGGAAAAUGCAGCCAUGGAGGACUAUUUGAUCGAACAAGUGGCAUAGAGCCCACAGGUGGGAUCAACAAAGACAAGCUUGAUUCCAACCAUGGAUUUCUUCACACUAAAGCAGCAAGUGUGGCGAUUGCUGCAACCAGUGAGCUUCUAGAGGACAUCCGAGGGGCUGCUGGAGACAGAACAUUCCUACAGAUGAUGGGAAUCACCAGAGGAGCCAGUAAAGCUCUGUGUUUCGUGAUCGACACAACAGGAGGCAUGGGUGAUGAGAUUGCAGCAGUGAGGACCGUCACUGCCUCCAUAAUCAACAGCAAAGUGGGAACAGAGGAUGAGCCCUCAGUUUACAUUCUGGUGCCAUUCAAUGAUCCAGAGUUUGGGCCACUGAUAAGGACCACAGACCCAGAAGUCUUCAAGAAUUCCAUUAAUUCACUGUCAGCGUCUGGUGGAGGAGAUGCUCCAGAAAUGAGUCUUUCAGGACUUCGGCUGGCUUUAACUGGUGCUCCUUCAAAUUCUGAGAUCUUCGUCUUCACCGAUGCAUCUGCUAAAGAUGCACACCUGAAUAGUGCAGUGAUCGCACUCAUUGAGCAGACCAAAUCAGUGGUGAACUUCAUGAUUACCAGUGGUCUUGGGUCUCGUCAUCGAAGACAGAGUGAUAACAACCAACAACUCAGUCAGACGACAAGAUCAGGUGCCCAGGUGUACAAAGACCUGGCUCAGGCUUCAGGAGGUCAGGCUAUUGAAAUCACAGAGAGUGAGCUGCUCAAGGCCACAAGCAUCCUAACAGAGUCCACCAGCUCCUCUCUGGUAACCCUCCUGCAAGCAGCCAGGAGCCCAGGAAUGGCUGAAAAUUUCACUUUCACAGUUGAUGAGUCAGUAAGAAAUCUCACAAUUUACAUCACUGGGCAACUGGUCACCUUUACUCUCAUCAGUCCCUCAGGUGUGUCUCAGAGCAGUGCUGACACGACAGGAUCACUGAUCAUUUCGUCCCAGUCAGUGGGAAACUUCCAGACUCUACGGCUACAACAAGAAGCGGGACUGUGGGAAAUUAAAAUGGUGUCAACAAACCCCUACACUCUGAAGAUCGUAGGUGAGAGUCCCAUUGACUUCCUGUUUGAUUUCUUGGAGGUGUCACAGGGCCCACUGGGAGGUUUUGAAGUCUUAGAUAAUCGUCCCAGAGCUGGUGUUAACGGUAGCCUGAGGGUGACGGUAAUUGGCAGUGACUCAGCCACAUUGUCAGAAGUCACUCUGGUUGAAUCAUCGGGGUCAGGGAAGGUUAAUGGCAGCGUUGAGGCUGUGGGUGGAGGAGACUUCUUAGUUCGGUUUGACAGGAUACCAUCGGCAGAAUUUGUGGUGCUCGUGAAGGGACAGAACAGCAACGUUUCCUCCAGAGCUUCUUCCCCAGUGUUCUUCCAAAGGCAGUCAACCACCAGCAUCAGUGCCUCUACUCUGACUGUUACUGCUGAUGCUUCAGACAGUGUCUUAGUACCAGGAGUACCACUCUCUGUUCCCUUCUCUGUGGUGACUAGCGGUGCAGGAGGAACCUUCAGCAUCCAAGCUACCAAUGACCAAGGAUUUACUUCAACUUCCCCAUCCAGUUUAUCCCUGGGAACUGGAGGCCGUGCUAAUGGUACAGUGAACAUCACAGCACCUCCUGAAACCCCAUCUGGUACUGAUGUCACCUUGACCAUUGAGGCAGAUGCUCCGGGAGGCACAGACACCAACUAUGUUGUGCUGCGUUUCACUGUUCUUAGACCGGUGACUGAUUUCACUCAGCCAGUAUGUCAGCUGAUCAGCCUGCAGUCCAACUGCUCUGAAACCUGCAGUCUGUCGAUGUGGGAGCUCACUGUUCAGGUGACUGAUGGGGCUGAUGGGACGGGCAUCGACCGCAUUAGCCUCAAACAAGGCAAUGGGACCAUGAACACGAGCCUGGUCAGUGGCAGUGAGAACGUAACGCUGGUGUCCUACAACGCAUCUUGCUGUUCACCUGAUGUGGAUCUGCUAGUUGUGGAUCAGGUGGGUAAUGUAGCCUCCUGUUUCUACACUGUCCGGAAAAUAACUGCCACCACCAGCACACCAGCUGUGAGCAUCACUAGUAGUGUCCCACAGCCUCCAACAGUCGCAGCUGUUGUGUCUUCAUCCACCACGGCUGUCCAGUCUUUUCUUCUUUGCCUUGGCAUCACGAUUCUAGGGCUCAGUUUACCAUCUGAAAUGGGGAUCAACUGAGUCUUUACAUGUUUGUGUGGCAUAGAAUUAUAUUUUAAAGAUUCUUUACAUACUACAUACACUCAGUUGUCAGUUUAUCAGUUACACACACUAAAACUAAUGCAGUCUAAUAUAAGAACAGUGCAAUAAAAUCUAUGAACCAUUUCCUAGAAAGAAAUUCAGUUAAGAAGCUAGAGGUAGGGUAUGUUUUCUCAUUUUUGUUUCAUGGCAUAGACAAUGUAAACGUGUCAGUUCAAUUUCAUACUACAAUCAAGACUCAUUUCAUUCGCUAUUGGUAUUACUGCUGAUACAAAGUUGUGGAAUGGUAUUGUUGAUCGAACAAUUACAUUUAUUUGAUCAUUUAAAAUCAUAUCUUCCGUUCACCUGAGGCUUGUUUCUUUACAUGUUAGUGUGGUAAAGAAUUACUGAGAAGUGUUUCUAAUAUUUGGUCUCUUCUUCUUGAUGAAUAUAAAUGGACUUAGUUUGGUGAACAGCCUGACAGCUGAGUGCAUGCACAACUGUGUGAGCAAUACUACUAUAACAUUUACAUUUAAAUUUUACAAGCUACCUGAUGCCAUUGUAAAACUUUAUUUAAAAGCUUAAUGGGGUUGUGUGUGUUAUGAUUAAGCCAUAGACCAUGUGAACAUGUCAGUUCAAUUAUGAUACUCCUAUCCAUUGUGUAAUAAUACAAUAAUAAAAAAUACAUAAUAAAGAUAAAUAAAAAGUA